ACCCACCUGUCUUCUGCUUCUUCUUCAUCCACUCUCGCACUGACGCAGUGACGUGUAGUCUGGUCGUAGAGAGUCGAAGAAAAUGGCACAAACGCUGGCAAUGCCUGUGGCGCCCUCGCUCUCCCUAAUCUGCAACGGAAGAAACCCAAAUGCUCUCUCUAACAGCCUCUCCUUCCCAAUUGCAAGUCCUCCUAAGGUUCGUGGUCUAAGCAUCAAAUCUGUUCGUGUUGGAGGAGUGGAGGUCCCAAACAACAAGAGGGUUGAGUACUCUCUCCAGUACAUUCAUGGGAUUGGCCGUACCAGAGCCAGAAAAAUCCUUUGUGACCUCAACUUGGAGAACAAAAUUACCAAGGACUUAUCUGAGGAAGAGCUCAUCACACUCCGUGACGAAGUCACCAAAUACAUGAUUGAAGGCGACCUGAGGCGGUUCAAUGCGCUGGCUAUAAGGAGAUUGAAAGAGAUUCAGUGCUAUAGAGGGAUGCGGCACAUUCAAGGAUUGCCUUGUAGAGGACAGCGAACGAAGAACAAUUGCAGGACCUUGAAGGGUAAGAGGGUUGCCAUUGCUGGAAAGAAGAAAGCCCCCCGUUAAGUAAAUAAGUUUUGCUUCUCCGUUUUGUUAUCGAUGAAAUGUUGUCUGGGUUUUGUAUAUGAAUCAACUUGCGAUACAAACUUAAUUGCUUCAAGUUGAUCCGAUUCAGUUUCUGUACUUAAUGAACUGUUCUUUCGAUGUGCA